AAUACUAUAUAAACCAAACUUCUUAAACACUUAAACACACCAUUAAUUUCUACAAUCAGAUACAUCCUCAACUAAAAAUGGCAUACCAAUUAGCAUUAUUCUCUUCAAUGAUGCUGUUACUAGCAGUGGGUACCAAUGCCGGUGGCAUUGCUAUCUACUGGGGUCAAAACGGUGGUGAAGGCACGCUGGCUGAAACUUGCUCAACAGGGAACUACGAUUUUGUCAACCUUGCAUUUCUUCCAACAUUCGGAAAUGGUCAGACCCCCAUGAUUAAUCUUGCAGGCCACUGCGAUCCAUACAGCAAUGGCUGCACCAGUUUAAGCUCCGACAUUAAAUCAUGUCAAGCUAAAGGAGUCAAGGUUAUGUUAACUAUUGGAGGCGCAGCAGGGAGCUACUACCUUACCUCUGCUGCAGACGCUAAACAAGUUGCCAAUUACCUUUGGAAUAACUUCUUAGGUGGGAAAUCAUCCACACGGCCUCUUGGUAAAGCCGUUUUAGAUGGAAUCGACUUUGAUAUCGAAGGAGGAACUACCCAACACUGGGAUGACCUAGCCAGAUAUCUUUCUGGAUACAGCACUCAAGGCAAGAAAGUAUACUUGACAGCAGCUCCCCAGUGCCCUUUUCCAGAUGCAUAUAUUGGAACUGCCCUUAAAACAGGCCUUUUCGAUUAUGUUUGGGUUCAAUUCUAUAACAACCCCCCUUGUCAGUACUCUGGAGGUAUAACCAAUCUUGAAGAUGCUUGGAAGCAAUGGACUUCUGAAAUACCAGCAACUAAGAUCUUCUUGGGCCUACCUGCUGCACCUACAGCGGCUGGAAGUGGAUACAUCGCUGUCGGUGACCUUACUUCCAAAGUGCUUCCAGCAAUUAAAGGUUCUGCAAAAUAUGGAGGUGUUAUGUUGUGGGAUAAGUACCAUGAUAACCAAACUGGAUACAGUUCUUCCAUCAAGAGCCAUGUCUAGAGUGUAAAACUUCACUUGUAUCAUUCCCCUAUGCGAGUAUUAUAAAAUCUGCUUCUCCUACUUUGACAAUUUCAGCUUCUAACUAAGAAAGUUGGUUCAAGUCUUGAAUACUUUCUAGUAAUAUCACCCUUUUUUGGAAGGGUGUCCCUGGCAAAUUGCGACUAUAA